AUGUCGAAUCCUACCCCGAAUCCGAACGAGAAGAAAAUGAAAGCGAAAGAGCAGAAGCGGAAAAAUAUCAUCGACUCUAUUACCCGUUUGGAGUCAUUCCUGCGUAAUUUUGAUCCAGACGAGCAUGGACACGAAGUACCUCUGCGACUGGAGCGCAUCGAUAAACUGAUGGAAUCAUUUGAGACGGUGCAAUCGGAGUACGAAGAAUUGGACGAUAAUGAGAAAUUCGUGUUGGGAAAUAAUGAAUUGAGAGCAAAGGUCGAGGAAAGAUAUUUCCGAGUGAAAGCUGGUCUGAUAUCAAAGCGCUUCGCCCCUCAAACGCACGAGGCAUCGACCUCUGGUCAAGCUAACCCCGCGCAGUUGUCAGCUCCCUCGUCGCUAUCGAACGUGAAACUGCCAACGAUCACGCUUCCCGAAUUCGAUGGCGAUUUCAAUGGAUGGCUCACGUUUCACGACACGUUCCUUUCCAUGAUUCACUCGUCAACUGAGAUAUCGAGUGUGCAGAAGUUUCACUACCUCCGCGCUGCUCUAAAGGGAGAAGCAGCGAAUCUCAUCCAAUCCAUCGUUAUCACCGCUGCAAACUAUUCUGUCGCGUGGGACACGCUUGUGAAACGGUAUUCCAACAAGAGUCUUCUAAGGAAAAAAACACAUUCGGGCACUCCUGAAAUACCCGAAGAUCCCGAAUAA